AAAAACAUAAUAUCACAUGUGGGACUACAAGUUCCGGUCUGCCUUGUCAUACACGUCAUCACCGUGCGACCUCUGUUUAUGUUACUCAACACGAAUGUGGAGGUUAGCUAACGCCGGUGUUUGCUCCACUGAAGUCAGAGGUUAGCGGCUAAAGCUAGCUCGUCUCUGUGUUUCCAGAUGUUUUCCACAGUUAGAACGUGUUUGGCGUCGCGUUUAUCCGCUUUAUCCGUUUUAAAUUCAGCGGCGGUGAGACCGACGUGCGUCCCCUGCAGACUUCACCUCCACCGGUCCUUCAGCUCUGAGUCCUCGGCUGCUGCUGUCAGGGUGCUGUAUGAUGGACUCUGUCCCAUAUGUGUGACAGAGAUCCGGUUCCUCCAGUUUCUGCAGAGAAAACAGCCUCAGAAAGUGGAUUUUGUUAAUAUCGCUCUGCCGGGCUACGAUGGAGGGAAAUAUAAGGACAUCAGCUACGAGAUGGCCAUGGAGGAAAUGCAUGUGAUUGAUGAGAAAGAUCAGGUUUAUCGUGGGAUCCCGGCAUUUGCGGUCAUGUACGGUGCCGUGGGCCUCGGUUGGUUGGGUCGCUUCAUGAUGUGGCCAGGUGUUCGGCCGUUUAUGGACAAAUCCUACGUCAUUUUUGCCAAGAAUCGCCUGAAGUGGACCGGACGUGGCGAGGAGUGCACCUCAGGACGCUGUGAAAAGAAAACGCCCUAACCCUCGACCAUAGGGAAAAAUACUUUGUUAGACAAGUUAUUUAAUAGUGAAGAACGACAGGAUAAAGCUCACGUUUCUCCAAUUUAUCCAUUGGUAAAAGUUUCAAGAUGCUGCUGAAGGGAAAUAUCGACUGAUGUAUUAAAUUUGUACUUUAAACUGUGGAGCUUUUGUUUAUUGCUGAAUUUCGUUUUGCUUUUAAGAAAGUUUCUCUGACUUUAUAUUCUUCAUUUAGUUCAGUUAAAAAAGUUAAUCUAAACAGUCAAUUAAAAAAAAGAAAGAGAAAAAGGGUCUCUGAAAUAAUUGACUUUAAAUGAAAUUGUCAUUGCAAAAAUACAGAAGUGAGACUGAAAACAACCACAGCAAAAUACAGCCUGUUUCCUGUUGUUCUUUCAAAAGCAGAUAUGGGAAUCAGCCAGUAGAUGGCACUGUAGGUCUAAAAUAUUAUCUAUAAAAGUGUUCAGUGAAUUCUUUCCUAUAGAUCUGAGUGAAAUCCAUAUUCAGAUUUUCUGACGAAUAAAGGAAACCGAACAAACUCA